CGAAACUUUGACGUGGAAUCGAACAAGAGAAAGUCUGCGAACCUUGAGGCAUCGCCACUGAACGAACCAUCCAUCUUGGUGGGCACCCUCUGGCCCAACUCAAGCCAGUCCUAACUCUUGAACUUGCUGUGGGAUGGACCAAUUCCCAGUGCUAAAGCGAAUGGCGGAUGCCAUCUAUGGCGAAGUCCUCCUCUGUCGCGACGCUGUCAUGUUUGACAUUGUGGCCGUCAAAAAGAUUUACAUGCACCGCGCCGCCAGACGCCACUCUGACGUCCACAAACAUGCAGUCCAUGAAGACGUUCUCUUCGAGUUGGACGUGAACCAACGCGUGCAGCUGGCAGGUGGCCACCCGCACAUAUGCCGCCUCCGCCACCACUUCACCUACGUCGACACUGCCAUGUCCCAUCCCAUCUUGGCCAUGGUAUUCGACUACUGUCCGCACGGAGAGCUCCUCACAACGCUAUCGGCGUCCAAGCGAUUCACAGAGCUGGUCGCGCUGCGGUACGUUGCUCAAAUAGCACAAGCGAUCGACUUUUUACACUUGCUGCACAUUGCACAUCGGGACAUCUCCCUGGAAAACAUCCUUUUGGACGGUGCCCAUCGUGCCAAACUGUGUGACUUUGGCUUGGCGUGCGACGACCGCAUGGUCAAGACGGAACCAGUGGGAAAACUCCUGUACAUGGCGCCAGAAGUCCUAGCUGGUGAGGAAUACGCCCCAGCCCAAGCCGACAUGUGGUCCCUUGGAGUUGCCCUGUUUACGAUGGUAGUGGGACAUUACCCGUUCCACGAAGCGUCGAUGCACGAUCCAUUUUACAGCGUCUUUGCUCGGGUGGGACUGUCAAGUCUGCUGCGAAAGCACGGCGUGGGUCAUAUUUCCGUCGAGCUGCAGUCGUUGCUGGAAAAGUUGCUCCAUGUGAACCCUGACCAGCGCAUCCAAUGCCAACACCUCUUGGCUCAUCCACUCGUGGAGCCAUUUGUCGACGACGAUGCAGACACGACGUCGUUCUCGACCGUCUCGCUAGAAGACGAACGCAGCAGUCGGGCCAUGGAUUCCCCCAACAACUCAAACCAUCAUCCAGAUGAAGGGAAACCCAAGACGAGUGCAGAGUUAUCCAACAAGCAACCCUGCCACGCAUCGAGUGCGAUGGCUAUCCGGUCUCCAGAAUUCGUGGAGCGGUAUCCUCAUUCGACGGCCUCGAGCCUCCCGAUGCGACCACUGCACCCUUUCCGUCCAGCCAGCACUGUCGUCGACAACAACAACAUACAUCUAAAAGGGUCGUUCAAAGCAUUUUGGAAGCAACAGGUCCUGUCGAUUCGAAAACGGUGGGGGGGCAAAGUCGCGGUGUAACUGACAGAAUGGAGUAUAAUAAUGUAACUGGUGAUGUUGUUGCGUAACG